AAUUUUAAUUCACAAAGCAGACUGCAUUCACUAAUAUCCCGAAGACGACCGAGCGAGAAAUACUCCUCUCCCGUUCUCCCUGAAACGUAUACCUUUUCAUGAUCACUUCAGUCGCGUCGCGGACACCACAGCGAGCGGACGUAUCGCUCCCCAACCAAAAAAAUAAUAAAAAACCCCCACUAAAACACGUGCAUUCGAAUUCCAAAUUCAAAAGUGACGUUUUAACUUUUUUUUUCUCCAACCAUUCGCGCGAGUGUUCGACAUUUGAACGUGGAAGAAGUUUGCAAAAAGUUUUUAAUUAAUAAAAAAUUGUGGUGACUUUGUCGGUGAUGCCAGAUUAUUAAGAUGAAAAUAACCUAGGAAUAUUUUGGUCGAGGACGCCGCUCGGAGACAGUUAAACUGUUCGUGAAAUAUAUGGAUCAUGGUUUACUUGUGUGUUCAGUGAAAAAGUUUCAAGGAUUGCUUAGGAAGUUAAGCAAGAAAAGUUGAACGAAACAGGUCGCUUAACGGACGAGAGCCUUUAAUUAAGAUUUUAUAAAGUGGCGCAAAGUAAUCACCUUUUCACUCAAAACUAAUGGAAUUAUUAACAAACUAAAAAACUUAAAUACAUAUCUACUAAAAUACAAGAAAAAAAGGUGACCAGAAUUUUGUGCAAUCAAGUGUAAAAAAGUGAUUCGAAAAAAAAAACGGUUCCAAACAGUUCCGAAAAAAUAACAGUGAAAUAUUAGGUGUUCCGAAAAAUAACAGUGACAAAAAAAAAGUGAAAGUGUAAAAUUGAAAAAUUAAAAUUAAAUAGUGUAUAAAGUGAUUAGUGAAUAAAUAGCUAUGCUUUGCUAGUGAGGUGAUAUUGAUGAUUUUGUUAGCAUCACCACGAAUGCGGGCGAGCGGCCCCUCCGGCCGGCAGGUCAAUGACAUCGCCGGCACUUCUUGUGCUUUCCUUGGCUGUUGUUUGCUCAAUCUUCGGCGUCACAUCGGAAACAGCUGAUUAUGACAACAGACCCAAAAUGGCCGACACAGACUAUGAUAUAAAUAUAAAAAACAAUUGGACCAAUAAACUAAGUCAUAAAAUUAAUUACAACGAAAACCUAGACGAGGUUAAGGCUAAUAAUAAUAAUUUUGACGAAAUAUAUGAAGAAGAUGAAUUACAAGAAAGAAAUUUAGAACUACAUAGAAGUUAUAUUAGAGAAAUGAUGGGUAAUAGAGUAGAAGAAAUGAGACAUUUUGAUGAAAGUAGAGAAGUUAAGAGUAGAACGAGAAGAGAAGAUAAGGACCCAAGAUGUGCAUCAUUUGAGUAUGAUGAUAAGGAGAAGAUUGUAACUCAUCCGCACUCUAAGAAUGCUGGGUCUAAUUACUAUUAUAAUAACACUGAUUGUGUUACUAAAAUUAAUGCUACUUCAAUAGACCAAGUAAUAGUUCUCACGUUUGUAGACGUUUUUCGCAUAGAAUAUCAUCCGGAAUGCGCCUACGACUUUUUAGAGAUCCGAGAUGGUUACUAUGCUUACGCCGACCUGCUAGGCAGGUUCUGCGGCCAGGCGUUCCCCAGGACGUUGAAAACAAAAGGUCCUAACGCCUGGUUGAAGUUCCAUUCUGACGACACUAUAGAAUACGAGGGGUUUAAGAUUAAUGUCGAAUUUAAAACUGCUCCAAGUUAUCACAUACCACAAUCAUGCUACAAAACUUUCGAAAACGUCAAAUAUGGUAUCAUAGACACUAAGAAGAUAGAUGCUCAUUGUACAAGUAACUCAAAUCACGCGCUUGAUGUGAUGUGGACUAUUAUAGUUCCUGAGAAUAUGAAGAUAUACCUUAACUUUACUCAUUAUACUCUAGACAAGCCUAAUGAGUGUAACAAGAAUAUUAUACAAGUCUUUGAGACGGUUCACCAGGAGAUGGACACCAAUCUAGCAGAAUACUGCGGCUCCGUAGCCAACUCAGUGACGACGAAAGACGGCAACGUGAUGUAUGUGAGGAUGUUCGUCGCUAAGGACGCUCAAGAGGAAACCAAGUUUAUAGCCACCUUCAACGCGUACAGAACACUAGGGUCUGGUACUGAUGAUAAGUGCACAGAUGAAGAGUUUGAUUGCGAAGAUAACACUUGUAUAGAUUUGCAUCUGAAAUGCGAUAAUUUGGCUCACUGUCGGUUGAAAGCUGAUGAAGACCCUGCAAAAUGCGAUACGAAAACAGAAUCAACGAUCAACCAGCCUCACAUAUUGAUGAUCUUAAUUAUUUUCUCGCUAAUCCUGUCAGGCAUGACAUUUGUCUUCAUCUUCAAGUGCAUACGAAAACUGUACCAGGAUCAUAAGAUUAUCAAGGAACAUAUAAGACAGUCAUGUGAAGAUCGCCUGGAUAAUCUGGUAGAGAGUCGUCUGACCCUGGACCCCAAGAGGCUGCAGAGAGACAGUGAGCCUCGUGUGAGUUUGGAGAGAGAGAACCACAAUAACGAAAUGGUGAAGAAACAGAGAAGUUUUUCGUCGAAACAUAAGCAAUCAAGCAUAGAAUCCGACUACCAAGAAACCCAUUUAGACCUCGACGAAGAAAUCUGGAGAAGAGAAGUGGACAGCAUGCCGAUAGAAGAAGAUAUCAGAAUCGAACGUAAUGGAAGAACGAGACGCAGUGACUUGAGCAAAAAAGAAGAAUCUAUGAGAAGUAGAACGAAAGAGAGUGACGAUAGCAGAGAGAAGAAGGAACUUAAAGAACAUAAGAGAGAGAUAAGAGAUGUUUCUGUUGGGGCUCCUGAUACUAAAGAGUCUGGUUGUCAGACUAGAGAGAGUUUGUUCCAAACGGAUCCUCCGCCGAGUUCCGAUGGUUCAGGCACCAACAGCCGAGGGUUCUCCACGUUCGGCUACUCCGGCGCCACCAUUGUCAGGCCUUCGCCCCCGAUCACCAACACCUCAGAGAUCACCAUAGAACUGCUCAAGCAGAUACCUCCUCAGGAGAUUAAACAAAAGAAAAUCCCCGACCGUCGCCCAAUCAGUACCGAGACCACCCGAUCAGCUCCCGACGUCAUCAUAGUCUCCAAGCCGAUUCGCUGAGGGUGACCUUUGGGGCCCCCGCCGUGGGCUCCAACACCCCCCGACUCCUGGUACCCCCUGGAGCCCAGACUCCGGCCCGAGGGGUCCUACCAUCCCCACACAUGUCACCUCGACACGUUUUCAAAAAGCAUGUCAUUUGACAACACCUGUGAUGGGUACUACAGUAAAUAUUUUGACGAGAGACCGAAGUUGAUAUACGAUUAUUGUUUGAAAAGUGAUUUAGAUUAUAAAAGGUCGCAGACUUUGCCUAGGAAUUUGGGUUCUAGUGUGGAUUAUAGGGGGAAAGUUUACCCUCAACGCAGUGUGUGUUUUUACGGUUUGGAUGACGAAGAGGAGACAUGUCAUCGGCCAAGAAAGACGUUUGUGGUGACAGCUGACAUUGAACCCCAUAGAUAACGAUUGUGAAAACUUUUUUAGCAUUUUUUAAAUAGAUAAUAAAAUAAAAUAAAAUGUUUUUUUUUCUGGUUUGCGGUUAAAUGAAUUGUUGUUGUUGUUUAUGGUUUUGAAAUAGGAUAAGUAUUGGAAUGGAUUUUGUGGUUUUGAAUUAUGUAAUUGUGUAAAUUUAUUUUUUGUUUGAAUUUGGAUCGCCAUUGGCACUAUGGUUUUUUUUUACAGUUGGCCGCAAAGAACGGUCCUGUAUUUAUUUAUUUUGAUUUUUAAAUAGAGUAGGUAUGUAUGUUAUAAAUUAAAGCAAAU